UCAUAUAAAAGCGCGUCAUUUUAUUUCCAUAUUCAUUCAUUCGUACUCGUCGUGAAGUGCAGUUUAUAGUUGGUUGUUUUCCACGCGUUCAAAUAAAAAAUAAUUUCUAAAAUGGCCUGCUGGGAAGGAAAGAAAUACAAAUUGGACAAGAGCGAGAACUUCGAUGAAUACAUGAAGGAAUUGGGUGUUGGCAUGGUCCUCCGCAAGAUGGGCAACUCUGUAUCCCCUACUGUUGAAUUGAAGAAAGAAGGUGAUGUAUAUACAUUCACCACCUCCUCUACCUUCAAGACUUCUACCAUCUCUUUCAAAUUGGGUGAAGAAUUCGACGAAGAAACUUUGGAUGGCCGUAAAGUUAAAUCUAUCUGCACUAUGGAUGGCAACAAAUUGGUACAAGAACAGAAAGGUGACAAACCAUCAACCAUUGUUCGUGAAUUCACCGAUUCUGAAUUGAUCACAACCCUUACCAUUGGUGACGUCAAAUCUGUCCGUGUUUACAAGGCCCUAUAAAUUUCGUGUAAAUAGUGAAACUAUUUGUCUAUUUAAACUAAUUCAACAACUCGGAUUAAGAAUUGACUACUUUCCUUGCAUUGCCUAAAAAUUAUUGACUGAGUUUUUUUUAUAUUUUACUCUGUUAUUUUUAAUAAGAUCUUUAUUAACUAUUUAUGAUAUGGCACAUGAGCAUUGUUAUUAAAUAACAAUAUUAUUUUCCUUUCUAUUAUUUACAUAUACCACAUAUGUAUGUAUUUAAGGUCUUUGUAAGCCAAAAACAAACAAACAAAAAAGUAAUAAAACUAAUAAUGACAUAAA